GGCGGUACGGCGCACGCGCACUGCGCCGGACCAACUAACGAUGCGCCCGGGACGGUAGAAAAGAAAAGAAAAAAGAAGAAAAAAGUGUUGUAAGUGACCCCAGUGUUGGGCCUUAUGUUCAUAAUGUCACUGGAGGAAAUAGUGAUGGUGAAGGGGGAGGAAGGGGGUCACAAUAACAAUCACAAGGCUCAGCUCAUCUUGCAUCUCCAGUCCAUCUCCCAAGGGACACAUGAAGAUAUUGGAGAAACAAGUACAACACUCUUGGCUGUAGAGUCUCAACAAGAGGACAACUCAGAGGGAGAGGAGGUUGAAUAUGGCUAUCCAAUCACCUGUGGUGACAGCAAAGCAGUGCUUCUGUUCAAGAAGUUUGUAUGUCCAGGAAUCAAUGUCAAAUGUGUUAAGUUCAAUGAUCAGCUUAUUAGCCCCAAGCAGUUUGUGCACCUGGCUGGCAAAGCCACGCUCAAGGACUGGAAGCGAGCCAUCAGGCUUGGAGGAGUGAUGCUCAGAAAGAUGAUGGACUCAGGUCAGAUUGACUUUUACCAGCACGAGACUGUGUGCACCAACUCAUGCCGCAGCACCAAGCUUGACCUGCUGAUCAACAGCACACGACUAGCCCCCAGUGUGCUGCAGACCUGCUCCCCUCUGCCAGUCAUGGGACAGGAGAGCAGUGCAGAGGAGAGGCCUGAGGAAACAUUCAGUGAUGUGGUUGACUCCUGCCCACCACAGAUGACCCCCACUACAAACAAUGGAGAGGUCAGAAUGGAUACAGAGGACAUAUCUGAUGAAACUCUGAGUCUGUGGAAGGGCAUUGCUGAGUUGGGGCUGAUGGGGGAGGUAGUGUCCACUAUCCGCUUAGAGCUGCUGGCCAUGCUGAGGGGAGUGGAGCGGCGCAGUGAGCAGGCAACUCUGCAGGAGGCAGAUGCAGUGCUUCUGAACACACUGACGGAGAUGUUUGGGCUGCUGGAUUCUGUGAGACAAGUCUUGGACCUGCAGCGAAACAAGACUGACGAAAACCAGCAUCAGAUGCAUACCACACUCAAAGUUUUUGCUGACCAGCUGGAUAAACAGAAAAUGAUGGUUCCUAUAUCCAAACGGCCCAGGCUGCAGCGGCCCCGCUCCACCAGCCUGUUGACCUCUUCCGCAUCACCAUUCACCAUCCUCUCUCCCAUCACUCUGACAUCAACCAGCCAACCUCUGACCAUCACUGGUCUGCCUGUGGCCAUGCUGGCCCAGCUGCCCACUGACACCCAGCUGCUCCCUCACCACACCGGCACAGAGGCCAUGGCUGUAGCACCCCCCAGCGGGAUCACAGUGCUCAGUGCAGGUCUUGAGGACAGAACUCCCACAGUGGAGGUGCUUGACCUGAGCCCAGGACAGAGAGGGGAGAGGGAGGGAGAAGAGGAGGAGAGAAGGUCUGUGUUAGAUAAGUGAACUGGAGACUAGACCGGGAAAGGGAAAGGGAAGACAGAGCAGGAGCGGUUAGGUGAAGCCGUGCAAAAAGCGAGGGAUGUGAGAGUGGAUACCACGUUUCUUUUAUAGAGAGAUACUGUAGAUGGAAAAAGGAGAGAGAGAAUGCAGUUGGAUGACCAUACGCUUUUCAUUAAAAUACAAGGGAGUGCUGAUUCGAGGUUGGCUGUCCUGUCAUCAUGCAAAUUAUUCUAUGUAAAAUAGACACUGAAGAUGUUAAUGUUUAAGCUGUUAAUGUUUAAGUGCUAAAAUUCUUCGAGGCUUACUAAACAUGGGCAGUGGAGAUAUUAUGUGAUAUCUUGGCUGGUCAUAUAUCAUUGCUAUCCUAACAAAAUAAUGUAUCUCCAAAGUAGUAACUUUACAUGAGAAGACAAAAAUGUUUUUAACUUUUAAUGUAAGUUAAAUAUUUGAUUCUAAGUAAAAUUUCUAUUGGUCUAUUCAUCAUGGAAUUUUCACACAUUAUAAAGGGCAGUUGUUGUGCUCAAAUGAUGGAGAAAAAAAUGAAAUGAUAUAUGACAUACUAUAUAAACUAAAAAAGCAACAUGUAGUCCAGUUUAAAAGUCAGAAACUACCCUUCUAUUAUUUAAUUUCAUGUCAACGUGGCCAUUACGUCCAAGUCAUUAAUUUCACAGCAUCAGGGAAAAAAAGAAGAAAAAUGUAUUUAACAGAAAAUUUCACAACUUAAUAUGUUUCAGUAUUUAGUGUGUCCACCUUACUUACCUUUUCAGCUUCCAUUCUUUUUAAGGGACUUUGUUUCAGUUUCUCAAAGAAACCUGCAGGGAUUUAUUUCAUACCUCCAAAAUUCAGGUGUAGAAGUUGGUGGUAUUUGUCUGCUUCUCAUGAUCCACACACACACAAGGCAGGAUACACCCUGGACAGGUCGCCAGUCCAUCCCAGGGCAGACAUACACAUUCACACACA